UUUGCUCUGUCGUGGUUUCUUUUCCAGAUCAAAACCAAAAUACUGAGGCUGAUUCUUGAAUGUCAGAGCUUUGUCAUUUCUGCUAGCAGUCUUGAUUUGCCAAAUUGUGAGGGGCAAUCUCUUGCCCUAGAGAUCUUUUGUUCUUAUCGUCUUGACACAUUUUGUGCAAUCAGCAUUUCAGUUAACCACUUCUAACUUUCUGUCAGUCAAGUUCCUUCUUAAAAAAUAGAGUUUAAAUACCCUGAAAUGUAAAAGUCAGAUUAAAAUCCCUUUGACAUGACCAGUCAUGGUUUGCUGAAUACAGUGUUCUAAGCUGUCUCGAGAUGGGACAGAAGCUGAUCUGGAUUGACAAGAAUCCUAGAAAAAUGGGAUUAACUAGGUGAAUGUACUUAUCUGAUAAAACAUGGAAGUGGCUACAAGACAACAGGUCAGACAUUUGACAGUAACAUGGCAGAGUUUGGAAUUAUGAAUUAUAUCAAAUGUCAGUACUAUGCCAACAGGCAAGAUGUCAUUCAGUUGUCUUAUGGAAACUCUAGUAAAGUAUAGGUCUGUGCACAUUAUUCCUUUGCUUUCUGUUAAUGUCUUAUUUAGGCCACUAUUUUAUUUUGACAAUAUCAGGAUAACUUCUUUUGGUUUGACUGUUUAUUUAAAGAGCAGAUGAUAUCUAAAACUUCAAAUAUGAAUCAUUCUAAGCCUUUCCAUCAGGGUGAAAGAACACACUUGGCACACACAUACAGGAAACAACAAGCAGUUCCUAAAAUGUCAUGUGAGUUUCUUUUUUCAGUAACUCCAGGGACAGGACUGAUGGUACUUGCUCCCUGACACACUGAAAUAACUUCACUCAGCUGCAGAAUGCCUCAGCUCCUGGGCAAUAGCAGUUCAGAGGAACAGGCUGCUGUAUAUUAUGCAUCGGUAUCAAUUGUCUCCAUUGCUAUCUUCAUCAUUGUUUUCAUCACAGGCAUCCCAGGCAAUGGAUUGGUAAUCUGGGUAGCUGGUCUGAAAAUGAAAAGGUCUGUGAACACUGUGUGGUUCUUAAACCUUGCUGUGGCUGACAUCAUGUGCUGCUUGUCCUUGCCAUUUUUCAUUGUUCACCUGGCCCUCCAUGAACACUGGCCAUAUGGUUGGUUCCUCUGCAAAGUCAUUCCAUCAGUCAUAAUCUUCACCAUGUUUGCUAGUGUCUUCCUACUCGUGGCCAUCAGCAUCGACCGGUGCCUCCUUGUCAUGAAACCUGUCUGGUGUCAAAACCAUCGAACAGUGAAAUUUAUAUCGCUAAUAUGCAGUGGCAUUUGGAUCCUGGCCUUCAUUUUCUGCUGUCCUGUCUUCUACUACCGUAAGACAAGCACUUACGAUGGCAAAACUGAGUGUGGGUACAGUUUUGGAGACGAUCAGGUGCUAGAUUAUAUAAAUGAGUCUGUAAAUGAGUCAUGGGAAGAAUACUCACCUCUAGCCUACAGUGGUAACGACUUGUUGGGAAAUACCUAUGAAGGUGAUUAUUCUGUACCCCUUGCCUUAGUGGUAAUAAACAUCACUAGGGCUGUCUUUGGCUUUGUGCUCCCCUUUGGCAUAAUGGCAGUUUGCUACGUCCUUAUCGUUUUCAGAACUCGCGCAAAUCAGUUUAACAAACCGCGCAACAGGAUGCUGCGAACAAUUGUGCUCGUGGUAGCUGCGUUCUUCACCUGCUGGGCUCCAUACCAUGUAGUUGGGAUUCUCUCCCUUGUACCUAGUCUUAGAACGGGACUGACGGAGUCACUGAUCCUCUGGGAUCACCUUUCUACAGCACUUGCCUAUGCCAACAGCUGCAUCAACCCCCUGCUCUAUGUUUUUGUGGGACGGGACUUCAGGGCAAAGGUACGGCAAUCAGUGCAAGGAAUCCUGGAAGGUGCCUUUAGUGAUGAACUCACAUGUUCAACCCUUCACAGAAGCCAGACUUCAGCAGAGAAGAAUAUUAGCAGCACAGUGUAAUGCAGGACUUCCUCUCACCAUUGCAGAAAGACCAAGCUAUGGCCCUGCACAUCAAUCGCUGUUUAACAGCUGUUUUUGCUCUAACACAUUUCAUUAGCCUGCAACUCCACACCUAGGACACUGUAUGGUUCAGAUCAUGACAAGUAGCCCCUUUACAUCCUACUCUAGAAAUGGGAAGUUGGAAGUACCAAGAGUGAGGGAAGACUCUGGUGAAGCAGAAGAGAGUAUUUUAACCCUUAAAGAAGAAAGCAGGGCUGCAGAAUGUGGUGGGAUCUUGUAGCUGAACCUCUGAAUUGAGAUGUUAUUUUAUUUCCAUAUGUCUAUGUUCUACAUCUCCUGUCUCUGAUAAACUGCAGAUAAAACUCACUUUGAUGUCUCUCCUCA